GAACAAGUUUUUAUAUAUUUCAAUUCCUAUUUUUACACCGUUGAUCCAUAUCUGAUGGCUUAUAUGAAAACAAUGGAAUGCCGCUGGGAAUCUUAUAUAUAAAUCACGCAAAACCCUAGCCUGACAAUAGCCGUGCAGAAGUGGCGGAGGCAGCGAAAUAAAUAGACUGCUCGCUCUCGAUCUCUUCCCACAAGAUCGAUAUAUCUUUUUCUAAAGAUGGCUUACACUGCGAUGAAACCCACAAAACCGGGGCUCGAGGAGCCAAGGGAACAGGAGCAUCGCAUCAGGAUCACUUUGUCUUCUAAGAACGUGAAGAAUCUUGAGAAGGUAUGCGCGGAUCUGGUGAGGGGAGCGAAGGAUAAAAAGCUAAAAGUAAAGGGACCCGUCAGGAUGCCGACCAAGGUCCUCAAUAUCACUACCAGGAAGUCUCCCUGUGGUGAAGGUACCAACACAUGGGAUCGGUUUGAACUUCGCGUGCACAAGAGGCUGAUUGACCUCGUCAGCUCUUCUGACGUGGUGAAGCAGAUUACCUCUAUCACCAUUGAACCUGGUGUUGAGGUUGAGGUCACCAUUGCUGAUCCUUGAUUUUUUUUACUUGGAUUUGUAUUCAUCAAGGAUGACCUUUUUUUAACUUAUGUUUGCCUUAAUGAUCAGUAUUUGUAGUUGGAGAUUGCAAUUUUGGAUAAUUUACUAGAUUGUUGUUUCUUA